CAUUCCUGUGUGAAAAGUGGCAUGGCGGCAGACGGCGAGCUCUUGUACAAGGGACUCCUGAAUCUUCGUUAUGGCAUGGCCUUAUCCUUCCAAGAGUACUAUUGCGUCCUCACAGAUACUGGCGUGUUUACCAUCUACGCGUCCGAGGACGCGGCGAUUGCGCAGCCGACAACGUUCGUACAUCAAGCUCGUCUGGGAGGGACAAAGGUACACGUACAUGAUGCGACAUUUCCUUUGCGUGUAUGUAUCUAUGGCGAUCAACCUCGCUUGGUUCCAGGAGUGGAAUGGGAAGACCAUGUUCUCGACGCUCGACAACUCGUUCAAGUUUGUGACAGACAAGGGCAAAGAGUACUCGGCCACGGGGCACAACCGGAACGAAGUCACGCUGUGGGUCAAGUCUAUCAAAGCCAUCACGGACCCCGAGAGCCAUGAAGGCCAAAAGCUCGCCAAGGCCAAGCGCAAGCAAGUGCGCGAACGUGAGCGUGAACGGCAAAAGCAGGACGAGUACGAGGCCCGUGCCAAAGCCCACAGCGCGUUGCCAUCCGCCAGCAGCACCACGGACGUCUCCUCACAGCCACCCAUUUCGUACCUCACCGACCCCCGCCGCACUCGGCUAGACGCGCGCAAUUUCCCCAAGUAUCGACAGCACCUUCAAGCCGCCAAGCUUGAGACGCGGCUCACGGCCGCGUUAGACGAAACCAAGCCGUUGGAAGUGGCCAAGAAGAAGAAGAAGAAGAAGCGCCAAUCCACGAUGGCCGCACUGGACGACGACGACGAUCUCUUUGGGGGACCGCCAGCUGCUCCGGCACCACCAUCCACGUACACGCGCAAGGGUGCCGCGGCUCGCCCCGACGAACACGACGAGUUGGCGGCCAAGUUUAUCAAUCUCUUGUCACUGGGUUUCUCGCACAACGAGGUCAAGGCGUUCAUGGCGGCGGAAGGCCAUGCCGCCGACGAUUUGAACGCGACGAGCCGCAAGUUACAGCGGGGGGUGGGGUCGCCGACUAAGAAGCCGCGGCGGCACACACACGGGGGCUCCGCCACACCACUGCCGGUACCUCCCCCACCUCCCAUCGCGGCAGACCCUCCGAAAAAGGUGUCGUUUUUCGAUAAACUAAAGCAAGGGUUUCGACGCGACUAGUGUAUUUUAACAAAGCAAACAGCACAAACAUAUAUAUAUAUAUAUCGGAUUGACUUUUGGAGUUGUGAAAUCCACGCAGAUAUCAUCUUGAGCAACAUUCGGUGGUUAGGCUUUAGUCUUGCGCCGCCACGCAGCCCAGAGUUUGUCGGACGAUAGCUUUGGCC